AUGCCUUCAGAAAGUCCGGCUGACUUUGCCUCCGGACGAGAACAUGGUCCAGGAGACGCCAGUGUCACGACCGAGGAUGCAUCCAGUUCGCCUUCUACCACGUAGGUAGACGGAAGUAGGUGUUGGUUAGGAUCAGACAGUGUUCUGCGCCGGUUCGUAGAGGGGAGAAGGUCAUUGUCAUUGGAGUUGCCGAGACCGUGGGGAUCCAGCACUCUUCUCCAGACAUCUGGCGCGGACGCUGAAGUCAUCAAGAACAGUCAACUUCUACGCCUUCUGCACAGGCGUUAGGAGGGGAUGCAGGUCCUCGUAUUAUUUGUUCCUUUCCGCGUCAGGUCUGGUCAUCGGGGAGGGGAGGGCGUAGGCGCUGACGAUGUUGACGAAUUUGCCUCCCUGGAGAGGCAGGCGGGGUCCUAUCAAGCUAUCUUUGAUGUCAUGCGACAGACAGGGCAGUCGUCCCACGAUGUCGUUCCAGAUGGCAAAGACGUCACCCGUGUCCCGUCGCACCGCCUUAAGACAACCGCUUCAGAAGAAGGUGUAGCCAGCAUCCGCUUCCCCUAG